AUGUACAUGAUGGGGAAUUUGGACAGCCGCCACCUCGACCAUGGACACAACCGUUACGAUAGUCGGGGAGCAGGGCUGGAGUUGCAGAGAAAACCAUCGGUUCCGGUACCACGGCUACCUAUGCCAGAUGGAAAUGAACUGGAGAGGAGGUUUACCAAAGUGCUGACUUCUAUGGACUUGCCUCCUGACAAAGCCAAAGUUCUAAAAAGUUAUGAUGAUGAGAGAAAAUGGGACCUUAUUUGUGACCAGGAACGUGUGCAUGCCAAAGACCCACCUCAUGUGUACCUGGAUAAACUGAAGACUUACCUUGAUCCUAAGGCAACCAGAAGCUCAAGGCAGGCCAUGUGUAUAGCCAUUCACACGAUGAUUCCAGUUCCCUUUAUU